AGCAAUUAACCUCAAAUAAUAAAGUAUGUUUGUUUAGCCUACUCAACUUGUGUCAUUGUCGUCCACAGGCGUGGUUCAAAUGCGGAAGGUUUCAUUUUAAUGUCAGUUCCCUAAAACAACAGACUCGUAUGGGAAUCCGCUAGCAGGUGUCUCUCUGGGACCGUUGUAUCUCAUGGGGGAGUGUUUGGGGACAAUUUGCCCAUGUCUUAAGACAUUAUGGGACAGAAUAUACGGACCAUCACCGACCGACAGAGAAACCAGGAUGAAAACUGACCGCGACUCUACCAGCGACGGGCUCGGUAAUACCGAAUCUGACCGUUACGGACAACCGGCGAGCGAGCCGCCGCCAGCCCGGAAGACAGCCACCGCACUUUAUACGGCUCUGUGGGACUUUGAGGCUCGCGACUUCCAGGAGUUGUCGUUCAAAGCUGGUGAUAUGUUAGAGGUUGUCAGCAGUUCCGGUGACUGGUGGAGUGCGAAGAAAAUCGCCUCACAUGGACGCGUGGCCACCGGUUUUGUACCGUUCAAUUAUCUGGCGCGUGUGGAGUCCGUGGAGUCUCAACCGUGGUUUUUUGGAAAGUUGAGCCGGGUUGAGGCAUUGAGUCUCCUCAUGUCAGCAGAAAAUGUUAAUGGAUCCUUUCUUGUGCGAAUCAGUGAGACUGACAGCAUGAGCUUCGUACUCUCAGUGAAAUCACAGGCCAAAGCAAAGCACUUCAAGAUUUACCACACUAGUGGUCACUUCCAUGUGAAUCCAGCUCCUCAGUUUGCCAGUGUAUUAGAGUUGGUGGAAUAUUAUCAAACUCACCCACUCUCCACUUCGGAUUUACUUAGAAAACCCUGCGUUCGGAAAAUGCCGCGGGUUCUUCCACCCCCCUUAGUCGAUGAGUGGGAGCUGCCUAAAGAACAAUUUACUCUUGAGAAGAUGCUCGGCGGGGGCCACUUUGCUGAUGUUUACAGCGGCAGGUGGAAAAAUCACACUAAAGUGGCCAUCAAAAUCCUCAAGAACAAUGAUGCUCUUGUGCAGAAGGACUUUCAGAUGGAGGUGCAGAUCAUGAAGCGCUUCCGUCACAGACACCUGAUUUCUCUCUUCGCCGUCUGUACCUCCUCUGUCCCGUUUUACAUCAUCACCGAACUAAUAGAGAAGGGAGACCUGCUGAAUUUCCUAAAAAAUCCAGAGGGUAUGGCACUGGAAAUGGAGUCUCUGAUCGACAUGGCAGCUCAAGUGGCAGAUGGGAUGGCAUAUUUAGAGGCACAUAACAGUAUUCAUAGAGACCUUGCAGCAAGAAAUGUUCUAGUUGGAGAGAGAUAUGUCUGCAAAAUUGCUGAUUUUGGCCUAGCUCGAAUCAUUAAGGAACCUAUUUAUAUAUCUGAUGACAAGAAAAUCCCAUAUAAAUGGACUGCGCCGGAGGCUAUAGGUUAUGGUCGUUACUCAAGCAAAUCUGAUGUCUGGUCAUUUGGGAUUCUCCUUUAUGAGAUUGUCACAUAUGGAGCUGCACCAUAUCCAGGUGUCCGUAAUUGUGAUGUGUAUGAUCUGGUCACACGAGACAACUACAGAAUGCCUUCGCCGCUUCACUGUCCGCAGGUCAUUUAUAGCAUCAUGCGAUCUUGCUGGAAAGCAGAGCCAGAGGACCGUCCAACAUUUAAGAUUCUGAGGCAUGAACUAGAAAACUAUCAAGGCAACUGACCUUGAACAUUUCAUAAAGACAGAUGUAUCAUACAAUCAACUUGGAUUAGUCCACCACAUCAGGUUUCAGAUAAAGAGGAAGAUGCACGUGUAAAGCACUUUUUUUUUAAAGAUUUAUUUAUGUUUAGAGCAAUUAUUGACUGAAUUUAUACAGAGUUAUGCUACUGUUAAUAUGUUUUGUAAUAAACGUUCUCAGGUAUUGAAGUGCACCUUAUAAAUCUGUAAUUGACAGUGUAGGGGCAAGUUAAAAUGUCUGUUUUAUUAUUAAUAUGAUUUUGGAAAAAAAUGUGUUGGAUGCAUGUUUACUUUUUGUAUAUUCCUAUAUUUUUUUAUAUGUUUUAUAUAUGUUUA